AUGGAUAAAGGCCAGCGCGAGUGGACCCUGGAAGAAUCCGGAGCAGGAGAAGUCAUGAACAUCGAAGUGCAGGUGGCUCUUGAUGGACUAUUGAUGAUCGGGGGAACUCGGCUGGACCGUCGGGUUCGAGACCCUGUCUCCAAGGCUCAGAGGGAAGCAGGACAGAUCGUCGGACGGAAGGAAAUUCGGCACAUGGAACAAACUAGCCCCGACAGGAUCCUAAUGUCGACGGAUCCUUACUUGUUCAAUUACGGAGAUGGUGAGGACGAAAUCGAAGACGACGAGGAGGCGGAUGAAGUCGAUUCAAUGGCCGACGAGUUCGAGCUUCUCGAAAUCGAAGACGCCGAGGAAUGA